GGGUCGGCGUACUGUCCGUCGUUUCCUUGCGGCAUUGGAGAGGGAGGUGGUGUCGAGAGACUGGAAACAUUUAACAUCAUAAUCCCGAAUCAACUCCACUGUACAAUGAAAUUAAUUUUAUUCACGCCCGCCUCUGAACUCCACUAUUUCAGCAUACUACUGAUAACCGGGCUGUACACUCCAGGACGAGGGGAGAUCACCAGUCUGGAUUCAGGGAACAUCGAUGACAUUCUUAACAAUGCUGGAGUGGCUUUAGUCAACUUUUAUGCAGACUGGUGUCGGUUCAGUCAAAUGCUGCACCCUAUCUUCGAGGAAGCUUCUAAUGUGGUGAGAGAAGAAUAUCCAGACCAUUCACAGGUGGUGUUUGCUCGUGUGGAUUGUGACCAGCAUACCGAUAUAGCGCAACGCUACAGGAUCAGCAAGUACCCGACCUUAAAACUCUUCAGAAAUGGGAUGAUGAUGAAGAGGGAGUACCGAGGUCAGAGGUCAGUGUCGGCCAUCGCCGACUUCAUCCGGCAACAGAAAGUGGACCCGAUCACAGAAAUCCACAGCCUGGAAGAGGUCAACAAAAUAGAUAGGACUAAGCGAAGCAUCAUCGGCUACUUCGAGCAGAAGAACUCCGAGAACUACCGCACGUACGAAAGGGUGGCCAAUAUCUUGCGAGAUGACUGCGUGUUCCUGGCAGCAUUCGAUGAAGUGUCUAAACCUGAGAGGUUCAGUGGAGAUAAUGUUAUCUAUAAGCCAGUAGGAGAAACUGUUCCGGACAUGGUGUAUCUCGGCUCACUCACAAACUUUGACCUGACGUACGCAUGGGUGCAGGACAAGUGUGUGCCUCUGGUCCGAGAAAUCACUUUCGAGAAUGGAGAGGAGCUGACAGAAGAAGGCAUUCCAUUCCUGAUCCUCUUCCAUCAGAAGGACGAUACAGGAAGUCUAGAAAGGUUCCAGCAGGAGGUGGCACGUCAGCUCAUCACCGAGAAGGGCUCUAUAAAUUUCUUGCACGCUGAUUGCGAUAAGUUUCGGCACCCUCUGCUACACAUCCAGAAGACUCCUGCCGAUUGCCCCGUCAUUGCUAUAGACAGUUUCCGCCACAUGUAUGUCUUCCCAGAAUACAACGACCUCUCGGUUCCAGGAAAACUGAGGCAGUUUGUUUUAGACCUCCACUCUGGAAAGCUGCAUCGAGAGUUCCACCAUGGGCCUGACCCCACAGACACCACUCCAGGACAGCAGGAGGAGAACAUAGAGGUGGCCAGCAAUCCUCCAGAGAGUUCAUUCCAGAAGCUAGCACCCAGUGAGAACCGUUACACCAUCCUCAGGGAUCGGGACGAACUGUGACCUCGUCCCACAUCUCCACCUAAGCGAACACCGGCAGGAAGCCACCUGCGUCACCUCUAUUUUCAUAACUUUUAUUUUGGCUGAAAAAAAAACCACAAACAAAAAAAACAAAGAAGAAUAACUGAAGGUUUUUUUUUUGUGGAGUAGGGCGAAGAAGAAAUGAGAGUGGGCGAGCAAGAGAGAUUGAUUUUACUUUUUUUUUUUUUCUUUUUUCUUUAGUGCUUGUAAAUAUGUAUGUCCUCUGUAGGUGAGUUGUCUAAAUUAAAUAAGUGUUUUUUUUUUGUUUUUUUUUUCCUCCCAACCCCUAGUUUUUUUCUCCUUUUUUCUGUUAAGAAGAAAAAUAAGCAGAUCAACGUUGAUGGUUCUCACCGGCAGGAUCCAGACACCCAAGGCCUGGGGAAUCAUGGGAAAUGACUGUGUGGUCAAUCCUGUGGUGUCCCUCAUUCAUUUACAGUCUACAGUAGAGUGUGAAUGUGAGUGUGUAUGAGUGAGAGACCGUGUGCGAGAGAGUGCUGUGGUACAUAAUUAGUCUGUAUUCUUACAUACUGUGGGAGUUCCUGACUCCCAGAAGUCCUUGCUUGUUAAAAUCUGGACUCAUAUCAGCCCAUUCCAUGAGGAGGCAUGGUAAGGGGUGGGGCCUAAUAAGGGGUGGGGCUUAACAGGGGGUUUGUAAAUCAUCCCAGAGUGGGGAAUGGAAACAACCAAACAAACAAAAAAGUAAAUUAAAAAAAUUAAAGGGAAAACAUUUUACAGGAAUCUAGAGUGUCUGUGUUUUAUAUCAAGUGCAAUCAAGGUUUUGUGUUAUUUUUUUAACAGAAAUAUUAUUUACAAACUCAUGUUAACUUGCACAGGAUUGCAUGUUUGCAAGAUUUUUGCACCCUAAUUAAUCUCUGAAGAUCAAGGAGUGAAUUUAACCAUGACAGGAAGUUGGUAUGGAAACAGUGAGUCACGCUUCAGCAGCACUAGUGUGUACAUUGAGGAACGUUCUGAAGUCUUAUUUUGGUAAAAACUUGAAGCCCGGUUUGAGGAAAGUGGAAGUGGCGUGAGGUGGGCGAUGAUGUUUUGUGACAUCAUCCCACCCACGGCAGAAACCCAUGGCAUCACGGCAGCAUAUACGAUGAUAUCAUGCACACAAACCGGGCGCUAGGAUGGUCUGCGUUUCCAGUCUGCAUGAUCGUGGAAAGUGUGGGGUGUCUGGGACGCAGACGUGAUUUGGGUCCUUUCACUGGGAAUUUCCCCUUCCCCUACCCCCUACAGGCAGCCAAACACACUCGCACCUCCAUCUAUACACACUGCCUAUGACACAGUUGCCCAUCUACACACACACUCAGGGAAAGUCCUGCGUGUGUUGUGCGGAAGGCGUGGGGGGAUAACAUGUAGCUCAAAUCAGGCCUGUGUCUUUAUGGGGCUUCCCCAAAUAUCCCAAAAAAAAAAAAAAAAACACACAAAAAACCAUAACCCUAAAGUUAGGGUCAUACGAUGUUUACCAUGUCAAAAACGAUCAAAAUAAAUAAAAGGAUCUCAUGCUGA